AUGGGAAGUAGAUUAAGGGAACCUGCUAAGAUUCCUUGGGGUGAUUAUGGAGCUGAGUAUGUUGUUGAAUCUUCCGGUGUUUUCACAACAAUUGACAAAGCUUCAGCACAUAAGAAGGGUGGAGCCAAGAAAGUAUUUUUAUCAGCUCCAUCAGCUGAUGCUCCCAUGUUUGUGGUUGGAGUAAAUGAGCAGACAUACAAGCCAAGCAUGGACAUUGUUUCAAAUGCAAGCUGUACUACCAACUGUCUUGCUCCUCUUGCUAAGGUCGGUUGCUACUUGUUUUUAUUUAUUUAUUUUUUUUGGUUCUUGUUGUAGUUUUUUUUUCUUCUUCUUUGUGUGUGUGUGGGCGCACGUGGUCUGGAUGAGAAGAAGAAACAGAAACAUAAUUGAUUUACAAAGAGUAGAGAGACCAAAAGAAAAACCAAAGACUGUGGGGUGGUCUUAAUUAUUUUGGGCAGAGAGUGUGGGGUGGGCUGUGGAGAGAAGAAUAUGUGUAAUCAAAUAUAAAAGUGGGUUUCUGUUAUUUAUCAAUAUAGGAGAAGAAGUUGUUGA